AUGGCGGCUUCUGUGAGACGACUGGUGUCCUGUGAUGAAAAUCAAAGGAUUGUGUGCCUUCACCAAGAGGGUAAAUCAAAUUCUGUGAUAGUAACCACUGUAGGAAGAUCUAGAAGUGUUGUGCAACGAGUUGUAGCUCGUUUUAAGUCAUCAGGAUCGACAGAUGCUAAACCCAAGUCCGGUAGACCUCGUAAAACUUCACCAAGACAGGAUCAUGUUAUGAUUAGAAUGUCACUGAAAGAUAGGUUUAAGAGUGCUAUUGAGAUAUCCCGCGAGUUUAGCUCCACUUCCGAUAUCAACGUAUCGCACAAAACAGUUUCUCGGAGGUUAAGAGGUUCUGGGUUGCUUGCUUGA